AUGAUUUAUUACAUAACAAUAAUCCUUUCAUUACUUUUUAUAGUAAAAAUAUUAAAAUUAUUGUUAUUAUGUCGAUUUUAUCAAAAACAAGAAAUUAAAAUCAUAACAUCAUAUCCUAUUAUUGGAUCAGAAUUACAAAAGAUUAAAAUAUUCGAAAAAAAUCAAAAUCAACAUUCGAUCAUCCCUGUGAUUGAUAGUGAUUUAAUUGGGAUAAUUUCUGGAAUGAAUAUUCAAUUGUUUGGAAUCAAUAAAGAUUCAUGUCGAGAAAUAUAUAAUCAACAAGGUGUGAAUAUUGAUAGAUCAAGUUCUUCAGCAUUUAAAAAACUAGGUCAAAGAUCAAUAUCCCAUACAUCUACUUUCGAACCUUUGUUUAAAAUACGUAAAAAUAUUUUAAUAAAUUCUAUUAAAGAUAUUAGUAAUUUAAUACAAAUUUCUUAUAAACAUUUCGAUAUUUUGUUUGAAGAAUAUAAAUUAAAAGAAGUGAUUAACAUCACUAAUUUAUUAGAUACAUUUAUUCAAAAUGUUUGUGGGGAUUAUUUCUGGAAUGAGAGUAAUGAAAGGUAUAUAGUAAAAUACAUUGAUAAAAAUUUCGAAUUGAGAAAUACACUAGUUAUCAAAACAUUGAUGAUAUGUUUUCAAGAUAUAUAUUUUGAUUCUAAAAAAAUAUUAAAUCAAAUUAUUAAAUUUCCAUUUCCUUUAACAAAAGAAUCAUAUAGAAUACAUAAAAAUAUUAAAAAUAUCUGUAAUAUUUUUAAACAAAUGAUUGAUGAUAAUGAAGGUAGUGAAGUAGUUAAAUAUAUUAUUAAUAAAUACAAAAAACAUGAAUUAUCAAUAGAUAUAUUAUUAGAUGAUCUUAUAGUAACAACUUCUUCUGGAUUAAAUAUUAUCAAAUUAACAUUAAUGUCGAUUCUUUGGUAUUUGUAUGAUGAAAAAAAUCUUUUUUGGAAAAUGAAAUUUUUAAAAGAGAUUCAGAUGAUUGAUUAUAACAAUUAUGAAAAAAUAGCAAAGUGUCAGAUUUUAAAUGCAUUUAUUUACGAAGUAUUAAGAUAUGAAUCAUCAUUUUCUUUACUAAAUAAUCAAGUGAUUAAUGAUUUUGAUUUGAUUAUUAAUAGUAAAAAAUACAAGAUUAAAAAAGGUACAAUGAUCAUGCCAAAUGCAUAUGUGAUUCAUCACAAUAACUCAUCUUGGAAGACUCAUAAUUUAAAUAUAUUUGAUCCAACACGAUUUAUUGGUCAUGAAUACAUAGGAACAGAUUUUUUCGUAUCAUUUGGUAAAAGUAUUAGACAAUGUCCUGGUAAAAAAUAUAGUUUAACAAUAAUUCGAAUCUUUACAUAUUUAUUUUUAUCAAAAUACCCAAAUUUUAAAUUAGAAAAAUGUAAUAACAAAAAUAUAGGAUUUAGUUUAUAUAGCAAUAUUGAUUUUAAUAUUACAAUUUAA